UACAUCCACUGCACUGCAGUGUGCAGCGUUAAAUAUAUCUGCCGGUUUGGAAGAAGCAAGGGGAGUCGACGGCGAUGCUGAACAUGACUCACUGGAUUUCAGGCGAGCAGCUGGGAUGCUGAGCACGCACAGCCGUUGAAGAACAGAAUGGAGGUUAUCCACCCUGCACCCUCCCUGCAGGAGGACAGGCCGUGAGCCCUGGGGCUGUGGAAGGCAACCUAAGGAGGAAAAUCAGAGCGAUUUUAAGAUGAACACAAAUCAAGGAACAAGUAGCAGAGAUGAGGAAAAGCAAUAAACUACAGCACCAAUGUUUGAACAGUCACGUGUUUUUCAAGAUAUUAAAACUCCUGUUUUAACUCUCCUUCUCCUUUUCUUCCUUGCUGCUAAAUUACACGGUUGAUUUUGAGCACAUAUAAAAGUUUGCUAUUUAAAGGCAUUCCAGAGAAAGUAAGUCUCAUUUUUCAGGACUGAAGCAGGUAUGACAAAUGUUACAGAGAGGCAGCAGGAAGAGGAACCAGACUGACUGCUAAAAGGAUUGGGGUUGGUGAGUCUGCAAAUGUGGAGGCCCAGUGUGCAGGUGUCUCAGAGGAUAACACCCGUUUGUCAACAACCAGUCAAGGAUAUGUUUUACCGGAAGGAAAAAUCAUGCCAAACACCGUCUUUGUUGGUGGAAUUGAUAUAAGGAUGAAUGAAGCAGAUAUUCGGAGUUUCUUCGAACGAUUUGGUACUGUGAAAGAGGUGAAAAUAAUCACUGACAGAACUGGUGUUUCCAAAGGGUAUGGAUUUGUCUCUUUCCUGGAGAAUGUGGAUGUUCAAAAAAUAGUAGAAUCACAAAUCAACUUCCAUGGCAAAAAGCUGAAACUGGGGCCAGCAAUUAGAAAGCAGCAAAACUUGUGUUCUUAUGUGCAUCCCAGACCUUUAGUCUUCAAUCCUCCCGCACCACAGUUCCAUAGUGUAUGGGGUAAUCAAAAUACAGAGACAUACAUGCAGCCUCCAGCUGUAAUGAGCCCAGUAACACAGUAUGUUCAGACAUACCCAUACAGUUCACCGGCUGUAUUGAUACAGCAGCAAGUCCCUGUAGGAUAUCAGCCAGCCUACAACUAUCAGGUUCAACCACAAUGGCUUGCUGGGGAGCAAAGAAAUUACGUUAUGCCUCCGGUUUAUACUUCAGUAAGCUAUCACUGCACUGAGGAUCCAGAACUUAUACAGACAGAAUGUGUUGUCCCAGAGCCCACACAGUCGUCUACUAACAGUCCACAGAAGAAGUCUGUGGACAGGAGCAUACAAACAGUAGUAUCCUGUUUGUUUAAUCCUGAGAACCGUUUGAGGAACACCUUUGUAUCACAAGAAGACUACUUCAAGGAGAGGAAGGCGCAUCACUUCAGAAAAGGAAGAGCAGUACUCAAAAGUGUUUGAUCAACAAAGACUUCAAAGUAUCUAAAUUCAUUAACUUGAUGUUACUACAGUUCAGUUUAGCAAUACACGCAGCAUAACAGUUUUCAAAAAGUUGCUUCCAGUUGAAGUUUGUGUUCUUGUUCUGCCUGUUCCAAUACAGUUUGUUUUGCUUGAGUAGUUUGAAGUUUAAAGUUGUAAUAGUUGACAAACUUCCAGGUUUUAUUAAUUGUUUGCAUGCUUCUUCUGAUAACUAACUGAAAUGUUAAAGAGUUUGUAUGAGAAAAACACUCUCAGUUUGUUUGCUGCAUGUGGAUUUUCUUCUGAGCUUUAAGGUACAGUUUGCAUGUUACACUUAGUUUUUCUUAAACCACAAUUUAAGUGACUAACACUGACCAGUUACCUCUUGCAGUUUAGAAAUGGAAGCAGUUACUUGCCUAAGAGGUUGUAUUUUAAAAUGGAGUUCUUAAUCAGUGGAACAGAAGACAUCAAGUUGUAACUCAACUGAAGCCCUUUAAGUCCUGGUUGUCUUUAAGCUACAUAAUCAAAUGUGGUUAUAUUCAUUAAUGACAGUUUAUGUACCUGCAGUCUUGAGCAUCAUUAUUAGUUUUGGGAAAGUAAUUAAGAGAAUCCUAAAAUUCCAAUAUGUAACUUAAGAUGCAAGAACGUAAUUAGCUGUAUUGGCUACUCAGUAGAGUGUGCUUUUUUUACUUGAAAAAUUUUAGCAAUACCUGUAUGUUAAAAUUGUGAGGA